AUGUGCGCCAUUUUACUCGCCGACGGCCUACUCCUGAAGAUGGCUUACCGCAAAGGACAAGAGUCGCGGGAUCAGAGGGAAAACGUGUCAAGGGUUACAGGCAGAGAGAGCGGCUUUACUUGUCAACUACAACAGCGCCGUCUUCUUUAUUCCCUCUGCUCUUGCCUCUCCAACGAAUCACGGAGGAUGCUGCAAACGACUUCUCCUCUCCUCUCCGACCCCAAUCCCAUGCUGGUCUUCGAAUGCAGCAUUCUACUUGUGCGCGUGAGCGAGCGAAGCUCUCGCUUCAUCUUCUCCCCAUCUUCCUCACAUCUUCGUCAAGCUCCAGGUCGACGACUACCUAGCCGUGCCCCACAUCUCCCCUUCAACCGCAGCCUAACUAACGUGUCAAUUUCUGCCUCCGGCUCUCUCCCUCUCCCUCGCCCCCCGUCCUUGUUGGCAACCCACAUCCCUCCCUUUUCCUUUCCCGUCACCUUUUGUCUGGCUUACAUUUCGGGAGAAAUCGGCCAGACGAGCGCGACUUGUAUCGCUCUACCCAGAACCUCGCUCCGCUUCCUUCUUUCGGGCUGGGCUAUUGGGGCAUUGGGCGGGAAGCCCGUCGUUGUCGAUGGGCACAUUGGAGAGGCGGGGGCGGAAACGCAUGUUUCGGUCGUCAACUUCCGUCGCAGAAAUCUUCAGCCUGAGAGCAUGGAUCCCCUUGAGACGCGCACACGAUCUUCGCGCGCCAGACUAGAAGCUUGGAAGUUGGGAGAGUGUGUGCUGUCCUGGACGAGCUACGGAUGGAGCCUGACGCCCUCUGCGUCUCAACAGCAACAUACAACACCUCCCUAUCAUAAUCCAUGGCCCCGCCCCGCCACGCUCGGUAUCUUGCUGACACGUUCGACGGUAGUCGCUCCCGAUACACCUACAGCAGCGACAUAUUCUGAACUCGACUUCAAGUUCCACUCGUCAAGAAACACCUCCAUGCAAUUCACCGCCCUCUUCGCCUGCGCCGCCGGCAGCGCCAACGCGACCAACCUGAAAUGGCAUGCCGGCGCGGGCUGCACCGGCGCCGUCAUCGCCACACAACCCGCGGCCAAAGCGGGCCAGUGCGUGCUCCUCGCUAAGGGCCGCACCGCGCGGAGCAUCUCCUUCAACGGCGCAAAGGGGAUCGACUUCUUCGAGUCGGGCGGAAAGCACGACAACUGCGCGAACGGCGCGCAGGCGAGCAGCAAGAAGAACUCGGGCUGCGUGACCGCACCGGCUGGAUUCAACUGGGCGAGCGUGCGCCUCCGGUAG